UCCUCUUUGGUUGGAGAGGGAAAAUCAAAUCGCAAAUUUAAAUAUACCUUAAAUAAUGUCUGAUAACACCAGAAAAAGUCCACGUAGGAAAAGUAAAAGAAGAUCCAGUUUUGCUGCUUCAAGGAUAAAUAUUCUACAGCAAGGCACAUCUGGAGAAGAAUUGUAUCAAGAAAUAGAUAAUAGCAAACCACCAGACGAAAGACUGAUUAUGUUAACAAAAGUCUGUUUAGAGUACACACUCAAAAAGAUGGAAGAUCAAAUGACUGGUUGUAGAGAUUUCAGUGCUUAUAAAAGAGAAGUGGAAGAGGCAGUUCUUAGGAAGAUUGCAGACAUGGAAGUCAAAGGUGUUUUUAAAGAAGCCUCCGAAAAAGAAAGUAUGCUACCAAAUCCCAUCAACUCAGAACUGGACUCUGCUAUAGAAGAAAUGAAGGCAAAAAUUUCAAGGCUGCAAGAAGAAACUAACAAAUGGGAUCAGCUGGUAACAGAAACAGAAAAUAAAAUAUCUGAAUGUGAUCAAUUGUCCAAACAACCACAUUUAACAGAGUUAGACAUCUCUGAUACACUCAAAGCACAAAGUGGAGGAUAUCUAUGCAAUAGAUUAGAUUAUAAUAGUUUACUGGCAGAUUUAAAUCAAAGUUGUCAGAAGACAUGUUUACUGGUACAUGAACAUACAAGAGUUGUCAAUAGAUUAGACACAGCAUAUAAACAUAUAUCGUCUAACAUUAACAAACAAGUACUACAUAUGAAAGAAUCACAACAGCCAUUAGAAACACCAAGACGAGUUAUGCAGUCACUUUUAUCCUUUCCAACACCAAAAUGACCUGGUUUUUCGAAAAGGCAUUUUGCCGCACUUUGUAUAUUUGAAUUUAAUAUAAAGACAGAAAUGUACAGUGUACAUGUGCAUUAUUUUAAUAUUGCUCAAAGUUUGAAUGUCAUAUAUAUACAUGUAUUUGUGUUCAACACUUUACAGGAUUAUUGGAACACAGUGUUCAUGUUGAUAUUUUAUUGAAAAAAUAAAAGAAUAUUGCACAAUAAUAAGAAAUUAUUUCAAUGAAUAUCUGUUGUACAUUCUGUUUGAUCAGCUGUAACAUACCAAUCUGUC